CCGAGAGCGCAGUGUCGCGUCGAACCUCUCGCAGAGCGCGUCGCACGUCCGAGUACCGGCCGCCGCCCGUCAUCAGUAGUCGCCGUACCGCGCAGCCACGUAACCUCUCAUCUUCUCCUUAGUUUUUAGUAGUCGGUAGUGUGGGGAGAGUGCGGAGAAAGAAAGAGAAAGAGAGAGAGAGAGAGAGAGAGAGAGAAAGAGCGAGAUAGAAGGAGAAAGCAAUCGACGAAGAGACAAGAGAAGAAGUAAUAAUCGGAAUCAAGAGAGCGAGCGAGAGGUCGACAGCCUUUUUUCCUCGUGUAUACUCUAUUAGUCGUCGUCGUCAUCAUCCUCGUCAUCCUCGUCGUUGUUGUCAUCAUCUUUCACCGUCGUGUCGUCAUCGUCGUUAUUCGGCGCGACGAGCGCGGGUAUUCUCUGACCCGCAAAAAUCCGUUCGCAACAAUCUCCUUUUCGCCGUCAAUAAUCGCGCUAUCAUUGUAGUGCCGCGCGCGAUUAUCAAUCACUCACACCUGAUCCGCGGAGUGAACGAAAGAUAAAUAGAGGCGAGAGAAGGGAAGACGGAAGGCAAGACGUAGUAGUUCCGCAAGAGGAAGAGUUACGAAACGCAGCGGGAGCAUCACCGGCGCCGAGCAAAAUUCCGAAAAAAGUCGUGUGCGCGUCGUGACAGCAACCCUUCACGUCACGAGCAUCAUCACCGCGACGACGCUCGCCGCUGCCGUCGGCGACGAGGACACCGUACGCGACUGCGGCAACAACAUCAACAGCAACUAGCGCAACAACAACAGGCAGCACCGCUCCGCACGGAUACGCGAGCAAACUCCGACAAGCGCCGUCGCAUCCACACCGGGCACGCGAGAGUCUCGCGACGACGACGACGACGACGACAGCGAGUAAUCGUGCGCCGCGCGUCGCUAUGGAGUCCCAGAAUCAGGAGAUCGUAGCGAGUGGCUCACCCGCCGAGGUGCCGAACGAUCCAGGGAAAAUGUUCAUCGGCGGCCUGUCUUGGCAGACCAGUCCAGAGAGCCUGAGGGAGUAUUUCACCAAGUAUGGAGACAUCACAGAGGUCAUGGUCAUGAAAGAUCCCACCACGCGACGAUCAAGGGGUUUUGGGUUCAUCACAUUCGCAGAUCCUGCCAGCGUAGACAAAGUGCUGGCACAAGGCAAUCACGAGCUGGACGGCAAGAAAAUCGACCCAAAGGUAGCAUUUCCUAGGAGAACACAUCCAAAGAUGGUGACAAGGACAAAGAAGAUAUUCGUCGGGGGAUUAUCGGCGCCAACGACGCUGGAGGACGUCAAAAACUACUUCGAACAAUUUGGUCCGAUCGAGGAUGCUAUGCUGAUGUUCGAUAAGCAAACUAAUAGGCAUAGAGGCUUUGGAUUUGUCACGUUUCAAAGCGAGGAUGUCGUCGACAAAGUCUGCGAGAUCCAUUUCCAUGAAAUCAAUAACAAAAUGGUCGAGUGCAAGAAGGCACAGCCGAAGGAAGUGAUGCUCCCAGCGAAUCUGGCGAAGACGCGAGCGGCCAGCAGAGGCGCAUACGAUUUUAUGUGGUCUCUGGGAGCAUUACCUGAUGGUUUCCCAGCGGCAGCAUACGCGGCAUACGCGGCGGGCCGCGGCUAUUCUGGGUACCCUAGUUUCGGAUUACCCUACCCGACAGGAGUGCCGGCGGUGUACUACCACGGAACAGGAAGUGAGAAUGCAGGCCGCGCGUAUACGGAGGCGCCGAUGCAACACGUCCAACGCAAUGCACUCCGGAAGAAAUUGGAUCUAACCAAUGGACAGCUCACCCCAAACAACAACACGCCCUUACUUACACAAGCGCUUUCUGUGAUGAACAACUACCAGGCGGCCGCAGCGCAGGCCGGAUUCCCGCCGGCGUCGCCGCACGCGGCCGGCGGACACGGUGGGCCGCAGGGACGGUCUUUCCCGGCGGCCAAUUCGCCGGGCCCGAUUGACAUGUACAGCUCGAGCGCCGCCGCCGCAGCAGCAGCCGCAGCCGCGGAUUCCGCAGUCGCAAGCUACGUCCAGGCCGCAGCUAGCCCGCAGCCCCCCACGACCGCGUUCCCCGCGAUCGCCGUAUCCCGUGCCCCGCUCAACUACAGUCCCGGCCCUUUAAUACCAGCGGCGUUCACUAAUGGCUACCAUUGAGCCUUGUUAAGACCUAAUAACAGAAUGGACGAGACGGCAGAACGCAGCACGGUCGCCUGAUAUAAUAAGCAACAUGGACGACUUGAGGCAGCUAAACAUAGUAAAUGAUCUCUGGACGAAAAAGAAAACAUAUACACACGUCUACUGCUAAAUGAUGAUCGAUGGUUGCGAUACAUUCAAACAUGCAUAACAGGAGGGAACGUUCAAGUAGGAUUUAAUCGAUCGCAACUUCAAAGUCCAGAUUGUGUAUAAACAACCGGACAAAAUAUUACGCGAAUAUAUAUAACAACGCAUUAAAAAAGAAUUUAGAGCAUUAGUUCAGUUAUAUAAUUUAGUACAGUUGGACGCAACUGUAGAUAGAAGGGGGAAAAUUACUGAAGUACUGCUAAAGCAAGAGAAGAAAGCUGAAGCAACGGGGAAAACGUCCAGAGAAGAUCAUAGAAAAAAAAGAUGACAGAAAAGCGACAGGAAGAUUGACCGUCAGACGAAAACAGGAAGAAGGAACAACGCGCGCUGCAAUAUAAGGUAACUAUGGCCGAAACUGCGUAUUGACGCCAGCCCGUUCUC